UCGGCAUAAAUACAAAUUUAACAACAAAGUAGCUUUGACGAAUAAUAAAGCAAUUAUAAUGGAUCGUUACAAAAGAGAACGUUCACCAUACAGGGAAAGGAGAAGGGAACGCUCACCGCAUAGAGAAAGAAGAAAGGAACGCUCACCAUACAGGGAAAAAAGAAGAGAAAGGAGCCAUGUCCUCACGUACAAGAAACUUCAGAAAAUGCCGCUAAAUCUGCGCAAAAAGGCGGUACGAGAAGCCCGGAAUCGGAAUGAGAAAAUCCAGGGAAAGCGUAAGGAGCGGAAAAGGAAUCCUCCGGAUGUUCCCACUGCACGUCGUCUGCGCAACGACUUUGAUCGAUCCGAACACAAUGCGAUGCUGGCCAGCACUUCGCAGGAGUUGCGACGAAUCCUGCAGGAUUUUGAGACUCUUUCGGACAUCCCCCAUGAUAUAACACCCACGGAGCUUCGUGGGGAGAUAGCCAUCGCCGAGGGUCAGGCCACAACGAUCCAUGUGCUGCGGGAUGGACUCAGCACCCUCAACGUGGUGCUCCAUCAGCGCGAGCCUACGAUCGCGCAGCUAAAGAGUGCCAUUUCUUUGAUCUCUCGCGCACAACACAAGCGCAAGCAACGUGAGCGGUACGAGGAGCGUCUUCGGCGUCGGGGAAUCGCCGACGACUCCGACGAUCGACAACCAGUUGUGGUGGCCAGCUCCACAGGCGAGUUAGUUCACUCCGCUCAGCGCAACGGGCAUGAUCAUCGCGCGUUCGUCUCGUGGCGAUUUCUAUGGCGCUGUUUUGGACUGUUAAACGUGGACACCAAUCAGCCGAUCGACGACCGACGCUCCGGCGGCAGGGCCACCUUGAAAGAGCUUGGCAUUGAGAACGCCACCACCCUUAAGUUCGUCCACCGCGUCAAGUAUUUCGGGCGCCAGCGACAGAGUUAA